AUGCUCUCACGUGUUGCUGCAGUCAUGGCACCCCGCACACACAACCGUCACCGCGUGACCGGAUCCAGCGGAAGGAGGAGGGAAGGAAGAGAGAGUGAGCAGCAAAUGCCCAACAUGUCCCGGCAUGCGUUUACUUUUGCGGUGCUGCUGCUCCUCGUCGUUAAGAUGUGCUGCGGCACUGGAAGAGCUGUGAAAGCUGCGGAGCCGUCGCCAGGUCUGGGAUCUUUACCGGGUAAACAUUUUGUUUGGAGAGAUACAACAGGAGAAGAAACAGUGGAUUCGCUCUAUGCUCCCAGUCUUGUUGAGGUGAAUGGUAAAGUGUUUGCCGUUGCCGAGGCGCUGUGCAAGAAGAAGAAUGAAGGUGAAGGAAACUAUUACUUUACUGAGAUUGCCUCGGAGCUCCUUGAGUUGAGUGGUGAAAACCCAAAAAUGUUGAAUUUGAGUAAAUUGAAGACACAAACACUGGAGAAAUGUUCCUCCGAAGAUGGCAAAUGCCCCUCUCGGUCAACAAAUCGCGCUGGUUCCCAAAGUUUCCACAGCGUACGUGUGAGCCGGCCAACAACAGUUGUGAAGGGAAAUGGCAUUUACAUGCUUGCUGGAAAAUACAUCAGGGAAAAUGUCGCUGUUUGUCGGGUUGGGGCUGACGCGGCCUCAUGGGGUCUUUUGCUGGUAAAGGGGAAUGUCAGUGGAGAACAGGACAACGGAAUUGUUUGGGAAGAUACUGACGGUCUCCCGUGCACUUCUAUUGUGGGACGUCACGAAUCCUUGGCAGGUGAGAUUGGAAGCGGUGGAUCGGGUAUUAAGAUGGAUGACGAUACGCUUGUGUUCCCGUUGGAAGCCGUGAAGAAGGACGGCACUGAAAGUGAAGAAAAGAAUAACAACGUUUCGCUGAUCUUGUACUCCUCCAAGGAUACUACGAAUUGGACGCUGUCGAAGGGGAUGUCUGCCUAUGGCUGCAGUGAUCCCUCCGUCGUGGAGCGGGAGAAGGGAAAACUCAUGAUGAUGACAGCGUGUGAUGAUGGCCGCCGCAGGGUGUACGAGUCCGGUGACAAGGGGGAUUCGUGGACGGAGGCCCUCGGGACACUCUCGCGCGUGUGGGGCAACAACCAAAAGCGACAUGAGAAGGGCGUUAAAAGCGGGUUCAUCACAGCGAAGAUUGACGGUGUUGGAAAUGAUAAGAGGAGAGUGAUGCUCGUUACUCUGCCGGUGUAUGCCAAGAAUGCUGAGGAAGAAAAUGGAAAGGAAAAGGGCGAACUCCAUCUCUGGCUGACGGACAACACGCACAUUGUUUAUAUUGGGCCGGUAUCCGGGAAGGAUGAUGACGUCACCGCCAGCUCCCUGUUGUACAAAAGUGGAACUAAUGGGAAUAAUAAUAAGGAUGAGUUGAUUGCGCUGUACAAGAAGGACGAUGGGUUCAGACAAUCAUCCGGUAUGGUCUCUGUGCUUCUGACUGAGCAGCUGAAGCGGGUGAAGGAGGUGCUGACGACCUGGAGGGAAGUGGACGAACGUGUCUCCAAGCUGUGCACCUCUUCAAAUGCUGUGAAGGAUCGCUCAACUGGCAAUGCCUGCGGCGCUGAUACGAUCACGGAUGGGCUGGUUGGUUUUUUGUCCGGUAGCUUCUCUGAUAAGACAUGGAAGGACGAGUACCUCGGAGUGAACGCCACAGUAACUGGUGCAACAAAGGCAGAGCCUUCCGAUGGCGUGACAUUUAAAGGACGUGGUGCAGGGGCGCAGUGGCCUGUUGGCAAGCAGGGGGAGAAUCAGCUGUACCACUUUGCGAACUACAACUUCACUCUUGUGGCGACGGUGUCCGUCCACGGUGAGCCGAAGGGAGAUACCCCCAUUCCUUUGAUGGGUGUGCGUACAGGCAGUGACGGAGGAACGAAACUUAUGGAGUUGUCGUACGGCAGCGAAAAGGAGUGGCAGGCGCUGUGCAGUGACGGAACAACCAAGAAGCUUAAAAGCACUUGGGAUCCACAGAGACAAUACCAAGUGGCCAUUGUGCUACAGAACGGCACCCAGGGCUCCGUGUACGUCGAUGGUCAGCGUGUGUGUGAGAGUGUGCAAAGUAAAUUGGAAAAUACAGAAUCGAAAGGGAUCUCACACUUCUACAUUGGAGGGGAUGGAGGCAAUGCAGAGAACACAGCGGGUGACGAAGAUGUGUCCGUGACUGUGAGGAACGUCCUGCUGUACAACCGCCCGUUGACAUUUACUGGUGGGAGUGCCGAUUUGGAAGAAGAUAUUGCGUCAGCUUCUGAGGCUUCAGUGGAGCAAGCGGCGUCGCAGCAGUCUCGAAAUAAAAGUGAAUCACAGCAAGUGCCGGCAGCUUUGAGCUCCCAUGCCGUUGGAGAAGCAACGGGUGAUGGCAGCAUUGUGCGUGGGAGCGGAGUGCUGCCAUUGCUGCUGCUUCUUCUGUCGGGACUGUGGGGGUUUGCGGCUCCGUGA